GUAGGUGACUCCUUCUUUACCAAUCCGCGCGCCAUCUUCUGCGGCGGCGUGAUGGUGACGGCGAUGGUGGUGACGCCGCUGCUGCUGGUCAUGUUCCUGCUGGGCCACGCCACGGAGCUGCACAAGAUGCCCUUUGAGAUGCUGAUCAACGCCGUCCUCGCUGUCUUCAUGGUGAGCGCCGGAGGUGUUAUCAUCCACACGGCCAUCAAGCCGGCCCACUCAUACCAAGAUCUCCUCGGAUCGGUGAACAAGCCGGGCCCCCACCAAGAUCUCCUCAAAUCGGUGAACAAGCUGGGCUCCCAUCUCCUCGAAUCGGUGAACAAGCCGGGCCCCCACCAAGAUCUCCUCGAAUCGGUGAACAAGCUGGGCAGCUUUUACUAUGAUUCCAUCAAAGGGAAGGCCGCUGGGUCAUUUGCAAUUAUCAACAGUAUCAUCUAUGGCGUUGAUACCUUCUUCGCUAAACAGAGCAUUGGUAUUGUAGAAUAGGUCAGAAUUUCAUUGGAAUCGUUCAUUUUGUGACAAAAGUGUGAAAAUUGGUACACGGGUAGAUAUUUGCGUGCUCUUUCAUAUAAGCGCAGGACACGUCAUCGGAGCCCAUUUACGGCCGCCAUCUUGGAAUUUCAAAAUGGCCGACAUUCAAAAACGAAUUUGCAAUAUCUCAGCUCCUAGAACAUAGCCAUGGAUCAGGCCCACGAGCAAAUGAAUGGCCACAUCAAGGGUGAUAGUGGUGUGAUUGGAAUUACAGAUAAUCCCUCUGCUCUGAUAAGGUGGAUAAGAGCUGGUCCAGAUAUUGCUAGAAUAAUUGACGAGUUUGAAAACUCAUCUGGAAUGUGUCACACAGAAUCCACACACCAUCAUGACAGGGCCCUCAGUGCAGUCAAAGUUUGCUGAACAUGUGAAGGCAAUGGUCGCUAUGUUUCAGCAAUUGGGUAACCCAUUCACUGAAGACAGUAAGGAUCUAAUUGUGCUGGACACCAAGGAAGUCCAGGGAGAAGAUGCAUUAAUUUCUCUCAAGACUAUUAAACGAGAAGGACAAGCACAGUACGAGAAGUAUGUUAACCCGUCCGCUGCGAUCGGUACGGAUUUGUCCUUCACUGGUAGCCUGGUAACACAUAGUCCCAGGUCUUUCUGCCUCUGUGGUGGAUAGUGGAGUGUUUCCCAUGUGGUAUUGGUAUGCUGGAUAUCCCCUUCCAAGGCACAGGAUUUUACAUUUUUCUUCAUUGAAUUGUAGCAGCCACUUUUUGUUCCACUCCUGUACCUUGAUGUCUUCUUGUACGAAAUCCGCAGUCCAGGGGUUGACGAGAGGCUUGAACAACGGUUGGUACCAAUUUCAGACAUCAUUCCCAAGAACAACGUGGCUCCCUUCCAGAAGACCUCCCCACCACAACAAUCAAAGACUUUAUAUAAAAUGAGGACCCUGAAGAGCAACUGUGAAUUGUUUGCUAAAAUGUACAUAUCUUGCCAGUCCAGAAAUGGUGACAUGGAUGAAUUUUUCAGACAUGAAAAUCAAGGUUCUCCACCAUCUCUUUCAGACAUGGGAAAACUUAGACUCUGCACAAAGUCAGCUCUCAUUGAAUGUUUUGACAAGUUGGCUACAUCGUCUGAGUAUGACCCACCAUCGUCAACAUGUUGCCUCCCAAAUCCUGUUCAACGUUUGGUGACUAUGCGGAAGGAAAGUUGGAAAGUUUCGUUUAGUCGGCGCAACAUCUGUGGUCAUAUGCCGGAGAGAGACAGAAGGGGAAGGAAUUAUAGGAGAAGGGAACAGAUCCCAGGAGACGGGACACAACCCCCGAUUAAUACCUGGUACCCAUUCACUGCUGGGUGGACAGGGGCGUAGGGUAUCGGAAAAGCCGCCCAAAUUUUUCCACUCCCCCCGGGAAGUGACUAUGCGGAAGAGGUGUUUCUACAUUAUAUACUCAGAAACUUGCAAAGCACAAAACGUCUAGAUGUUGUCUGGGACCGGUGUAUAGCCAACAGCCUGAAGAACUCAGCGAGACAGAAAAGGGGAUCCGGCAACCGCAUUACAGCCAACAGCUGUACACCCGUUCCAAAAAACUGGGAGAGUUUUCUCCGAGAGGAUCAAAAUAAGGAUGAGCUCUAUCACUACUUAUCUGAUUGUAUUUCAAGUCUCCCCACUCCCGGAAAGGAACUAUACAGCACACAAGACACUGGUGUUGUACUCUAUCUUCACAUCAUUGCAACACAGGACCUGAUCUGGCUCCAUGUGAUCACGAAGAAGCCGA